AUGAGGUUGCACCGCUUCAACAUCAACUUCUAUUCGCAUUUUACACAGCAUUUCUACAACCCUUCAAAUGGCUCCUACACGACGAACAUCCGCACGUCAGCAACUGAAGAGCCUAAUACCGUUAACGUUGCACAUGCAGAACAGGCGACUGCGGAGGAGCACAUAAUAACUCCGGUUACAGAUGAUCAUAUAGCGUCUACUUCAACCUAUGCUUUACACUGUUCUGUGUGCCGUGGCGAUGACCAACCCGGCAGCUCUGCAAAGGCUGCAAAACAACCAGGCGAGGCCACCUUAGCAGGGCAUCGAAAAGCUACUCGCAAUGCAGCCGACGCCCCUGCAACUUCCAUUCGACGGUCCCAGGAGACCACGGCUGAGAAAACCGCACGUAACGCAGCGAAAGCUGCGGCAACGUCCAUUCGACGGUCCCAGGAAUCCAUGGCUGAGAAAACCGCACGCCAUGCAGCCGACGCCGCUGCAACUUCUGCUGCAAGGGCGUCAGAAAGUUCCGCGCAAAAGCGCACAAGGCGGCAACGCGAUGCAAUUUCAACUUCCGCUGCUAGAGCUGUAGAAGGACCUACUGAAAGGCUUGAAAGGUUGCAGACUGUUAACUAG